AUGCAGAGCAGCAACAGCAGCAGCAACAGCAGCAGCAGCAGCCAGCAAGAGGGGGCCCCCCCGCUGCUGCCAGUUGUACCCAUAAGGAAACGUCGUGUUGCUGCGGGGGCCCCUAGGGGCCUCCAAUUCGCCCCGCUGCCUCCUAAGCCUGAGCUGCAGCAGCAAGAGCCGCUGCUGCAGCACCAUCAACAACCAGUGCAGCAGCUGCAGCCGCCGCUGCAGCAUCAACCGCAGCAACAGCAGCAGCAGCAGCAGCGAGACAGACCACGAGGGCUGGAGGCGUAUGGUUUCUUACAAAAGAGGAGUCUGCUGCUGGACAGGGAGCAGCAGCAGCAGCAGCAGCAGCAGCGGCAGCAGAAGUACCGUCAUAUAUUAGGCAAUUUUGCUGAUGUGUCUAUACAACAAGAGAAGCAAGAGGAGGAGCAGCAGCACAAGCUGCACCAUCCACUGCAACAGCAGCAGCAACAACAACAGCAGCAGCAGCAGCAGGAUAUGCUGCUGCAUGCAGAUAUAAUUAAUGCUGCUGCUCCUUGCUACCAUAACCUCUUAAUGGGGCCCCAUGGGCCCCGUCCCUUUACCCCUUCUGUUGAUCUAUUAGCGGAGCAGCUAGCGCUGCUGCGGCUAAGACAAGACAUUGCUGCUGCUGGUGCUGCUCCUGCUGCUCCUGCUGCUGCUCCUGCUGCUCCUGCUGAAGGUGGUAAGGUUGGUGCUGCGGCUGCGGGGGGGUCGGCUGAUACCUGCAGAAACGGCAUCGGUAGCAGUUACAGCAACGGCAGCAGCAGCGCAUGCAGCAGCAGCAGCAGCAGCAGCAGCAGCAGCAUAAAGGGCUCCCUUUGCUGCAAGGCAGAAGCAGAGCAAGGAGACACCGCACAAGCGAGGUGUACAGGCAGUGAGCAGCAGCAGCACCAGAAGCAGCAGCAGCAGCUUGUGAAGCCAGAGCCAAAUACUACUACUACUGCUGCUGCUGCUGUUGCUGCUGCUGGUCCUGCUGCCGAGGCUGCAUGUGCAGCAGAUGCUGCGGAUGCACCAGCAGCAACAGCAGCAGCAGCAACAGCAGCAGCAGCAGCAGAUGAUUUGUCUCGCUUUGCCUUUUCAGCAGCAAAGUUUGCUGCUGUUAAGGAGGAGAACAUACACCGCAAUGAAUCUCCUGGGGGUACAGCAGCAGCAAAUGCUUCUGCUGCUGCUGCUGCUGCUGCUGCACUGGGUGCUGCUGCUGAGUUAGACAGCAGCAGUUGCAGCAGCAGCAGUUGCAGCAGCAGCAGCAGCAGCAGCAGCCGCAGCAACAGCACAAAAUCUAGUCAAAGCAGUACCUGCAGCACAACCAACCCUAGCAGCAGCAGCAGCAACAGCAAAAGCAGCAGCAGCAGCAGCAGCACAAUCCCCCUAGUAUUGGAUGAAUUACGUCGCUCUGCUUUUUGCUGCCUUGCUGUACAAUUGGCAUCAAGAGACUUUCUCUGUUCCUUUACUGCAGCAGCAGCAGCAGCAGCAGCAGGUGCUGGAGGAGGAAUGGAUACUGCUGCUGCUCCUGCUCCUGCUGCUGUUAGUGGGGUAGAUUGUCGUGCUGCAGCACGACUUGUUGAAAAGGUAAGGCGGCAGCAGCAUGCAGAGCUGCGGUUUGCUGCUGCUGCUGCUGCUGCUGCUGCAGACGAAGAGUCCAAGCAGCAUCAGCAACAGCAGCAGCAAACUAUAACUCCUCCUGCUUGGCUGCAGAAGCUGGGCAAAAGGGCGGUGGGCUUGACAGAGAAGCAGCUGCAGCAGCAGCAGCAGCAACACCAGCAGCUUGUGCAUGCAGUUGCUACAAAGCAGCAGCUGCUGCUGCAGACAGCUUGCUGCUCUCCGCUGCCUCCAUCUGUAGCUUCUCGCUACGCACCCAAAGGAGCAGCAGCAGCAGCAGCAGCAGCAGCAAAGACAGAGGCAGCAGCAGAUAUAGUUGGCGAUAAACUGUCAUUUCCUUCAACACAAUUAACACUAACAGGAGGAGUAGCGGCAGCCGCAGCAGGAGGAGGCUCAACAGCAGCAGCAGCAGCAGCAGCAGGUGUUAGUAGCUGCUGGCUAUGCCCUCAUUAUGUUCGUCUGUCUGAUCCCUUGUAUGCAGCACAACUUGCUGCUCGUGCCUUCCCUCCUGUUGUUGCUGCAGCAGCAGGCGAAUCUGCUGCAGCAGUAGCAGCAGCAGUAGCAGCAGCAACACCAGCAGGGAAGGAUGUAGGAGACUCUGCAGGCAAGACAGAAACCAAACAAGAAGAUGGCAGUUGCAGCAACAGCAACAGCAGCAACAGCAGCAACAGCAGCAACUGCAGCAGCAACUGCAGCAAACAAGGAGUACUGGACAUUGAGGAACUUUCUUCUGUUGCUGCUUGCUGCAGCAGCAUAAUCACGCCUACCCCUACAACCGCCACGACCACCUACAGCAGCAGCACAACCACAACGACCUACAGCAGCAGCAUCAACAGCAGCAGCAGCAGCAGCAGCAGCAGCAGCGUGGGGGGCUGUGCUUAUUAUAGUAGCCAAGCCUUAUGCCUUGCUGCAGAUAUAAUUGUUUGUCCUUAUUCAUUUGUCUUUGAUCCUGGUGUAGCUAGAAGAACCAAAAUUGCUACACUACUCACAGGUAGCGUGGUAAUAGUAGAUGAGGCGCAUAACAUAGAGGACGUAUGUCGUGAUGUUGGCAGCAUAGACAUAACGGCGCAGCAGCUGCUGCAGUUGCUGCGGUGGAUGGAGUCGCUGCAGCGGCUGCAGUAUUCUCCUGCUGCUGCUGCUGCAGUAGCACGAAGAGACACACGAACGCAGCAGCUGCUGCAGCGACUUGCCUUGCAUGCAAGCCGACUUGCUGCACCCAUAGAAAAAAUUGUUGAUGUAGCAUCAACAGCAGCAGCAAACCCUGAGCUGCUGCAGCGUGCACUGCAGCAGCAGCAGCAAGCAAUAAGGGAUGAGCUGCAGCGAGGUCUACGCAUGCGCAACAAUAAUAGGAGCAGCAGGAACAACAGCAGCAGGAGAGGUCAAUCAGCAGCAACAGCGGCAGAAGAUGAUACAACAAUACCCCUUGAGUUACUAAGUUGGGGAGCAGGAGCAGCAGCAGGAGCAGCAGGAUUUGCUGCUGCAGCAGGAAUAACAACAACAGAAGCAGCAGCAGCACUUAAUGAGAGUGUAGAGAUCCUCUCCCUUUGUACAACAGAAGCCUUUGAUAUAGUAGGACUGCAGCAGCAGCAGCCGCAGCAAGGAGCAGCGGUAGCAGCAGGAGGUGCAGCAGCAGGAGGUGCAGCAGAAGGAGGAGGAGGUGCAACAGCAGCAGCAACAGCAGCAGCAACAGGAGACCGACUGCAGCAGCUAGAGCAGCUAAUGUUUUGUCUAUCCCUCCUAUCUAGACAUCCGCAUGCAUAUGCAGCAACAAUAUGUUUUGCUGCAGACAGGACAUUUCUUGCUGCUGCUGCUGCAGCAACAGCAGGAACACCGUCUCAACAGCAGCAGCAGCACCAAUUACAUCAAUUACUACAACAACAACAACAACAACAACAACAACAGCAGCAAGAGGACCCUCUAUCUAAGGUGUCUGUACACCUCUGGCUGCUGCUGCCUGCUGUUGUCUUCUCUCGUGUUGCAGAGGCAGCAAAAAGUCUUAUACUUGCAUCAGGCACACUUGCACCUUUUGAUUCAUACCCGUCUGAAUUAGGUAUAUCAUUUAUGCGUCGUUUAUUAGAGUCUCCUAUAGAGACAGGGCAUGUAAUAGGGCAGCAGCAGCUGCGCGUAAUUGCUGUUGCUGCUCUCCCUGAUAGUACAGCAGCAGAGCGGUUAGCUGUACCGGAUACAACAGCAGCAGCAGCAGCAGAUCGUUUGCAGCUACUGCAGCAGCAGCAGCAGCAUAGACAUCUAAUAAAAGAACAAGAAUUAAGAUGCCAUGCUGCUAAUCUUAAUAAUCCCUCCUUUAUGGCUAAUAUAGGGAGAGCAGCAGCAAGAUUGCUGCAGUGUAUACCUGGUGGUGUGCUGCUCUUCCUCCCUCGUUAUGGUUUGCUGCAGCAAGCACAACGUAUAUGGCAACGUGAGCCUAUGUUCCUCCCGCAGCAGCAGCAGCAGCAACAGCAGCAGCAGCAGAGAGGACGACCUCUACACCAUCUACUACUGCAGCAGCAGCAGCAGCAGCAGCAGCAGACUAUAUGGGACACCUUAGUAUAUCUAAAGAAGCGUGUAUUAAUAGAGGUGCAGCACGGAGGUGACCCUAAGAUAAUUAAAAAGAAAAUAUUUAAUGAUGCAUGCAACCAGCAGCAGCAGCAGCAGCAGCAGCAGCAAAUGCAACAGCAGCAGCAGCAGCAGCAGCAGAAGGGGCUGCAAAUGGCUCCUGCUGCUGCUGCUGCUACUGUUGCUGCUGCUGCAGCUGCUGCUGAAGCAGAAGCUGCUGCUGCAGGAGGACAUUUACCUGUUAUACUUAACAUUGAUGAUGAUGCAAAUGCUGCUGCUGCUGCUACAACAACUGCUGCUGCCGCUGCUGCUGCUGCUACAACAACUGCUGCUGCCGCUGCUGCUGCUCCUUGCACAGCCUCCACUGAUACGCCACAAAUCAAACAGCAACAACAGCAGCAACAGCAGCAACAGCAGCAACAGCGCGCCAUAGUCAAACAGGAGCAGCAACAGCAACUGCAGCAACAGCAACAGCAACAGCAACAGCAGCAGAUGACACAUUGGAAGGUGGAGAUGCAGCAGAAAACGCAACAAAUGCCCAUAAAGCAGCAGCAGCAGCAACAGCAGCAGCAACAGCAGCAUGAACAACACCAAUAUCGUCCACCUUGGUCCUCCCAGCCAUCCAUGCAGCAGCUGCCGUCGCAUCAAUUCUCUACAGCAGCGGACCUCUUGAAGGAGCAGCAGCAGCAGCAUCGUUCUUCAGCACCAAGCCUGCUGCUGCAACCAGCGGCAACUCACAUGCAGCUGCAACCAGCAGCGACACAGCAGCGGGGCUCCCCUCUGCCAGUGCAGACUGUAUCCACAGAUGCAGCAGCAACAACAGCAGCAGCAGCAGCAGCAACAGCAGCAGCAACAACAGCAGCAAAAGAUGACUGGUUAUCUAAGGAGGAAACUGAUGAUUUGUUGGCCGCAUUUGACUGA